AUGCUGAUAAGAAGAAAAGAUUUCACGAAAACGAUUGAUAUAAGUCCUUCACAUAAUGGUGAGAAUUCAUUAGAUGAUCUUGGAUCAACAAGUAGUGAACCAACAACACGAGCACCAUUAGGUUUAACAACAAAUCUUAACACAAAUGAACAUUUUCAUAUUGAUUUUCAAAAUUGUUUUCCUCAACAACAACAACAUCAUUAUCAUCAUACGAUUAAAUCAACAACAGACAUGAUUGAUUCAGGAUCAACAACUAUUUUAAGAGAUUAUCAUUCACUUUAA